GGGUGGCCCUGACAAAACGGAAGGAGAAACUCCAGAACCUCAAGGUAAAGCCUACCUACUCCUCUAAAACAGCAAGUCUCGACCUUUCGAGACCCAAGUUCAUCCCGGGCGCCGAAAUGCUUUGAUUUCCGUCGACUGUAUUGGUAGGUAUCUACUCUCUCAGGACCUAAGGAUCACGAACUUGAAAGGACACGCCCGCACACAGAGCAGCAGCCACCUCUGCAACGCCUUCGCACACCACACCGCCUGGGCAAAACGCCCCUGUGCGCGAGAGAACACGCAAAUAACGGGUGGCAUUGUUCGCGAAAGGGCUUCUGACCCAGGAGCCCCCCGGCGGGCCACGCCUCCAGAACGAUACAAAACACAAGAUUGCGACCCCGGAAAGUAACCGAGCAAGGAAGGAACACCCUACCUACCCUGUACCUUCACAUUUUCACUCGAGAGCCCCAGCCCUAACAGGCACGACAUCUCUUUACCUUCCAGAAAAGCGGCACGUACCAAGCCCCCCUGCCCCAAGUGACAUUUCUGUGUUUAGUCUCUCUCGGCGGGUUUCUUCCACCCUGCCACGCAAAUGUCUCAAUGCUUGGACCAAAGUUCUCGGCAGGACACUGCAGCGUACUCGUAAGCAGGCGGUACUAAGAAGCGCCUCCAGGGAAUACGCUGGAAGGACGUUUCAACGAGUAUCAAAUGCUUUUACUGAUUCAACUUUACCGUCUAUGGGUUUCCUUCACCGAAGCUUUCGAGCGAUAAUUACGAACUCACUUGCAAGUAUUUUUCCUUAUUAAAAAAAAGAAAAGAAAAAGAAAAAGCCUCGGCCCACAAAUUGUGAUUUUACCUGGAAUUUGCUAGGCGCCCUGUCAAAACCACUGAUGCUUGCGAAACAAGAGGAAACCGCCCAAAGGAACUGAUCCGGUAUCUACACCUUUCUUGCCCGGCUGGGUCUCGGUCAAACGCGGACGACGCGCUAGCAAGCGUUCAUUGGGCCACGGAGGGGUGCACGUAGCCGACCCGCGAGACGGGGUCACUCCUCUGCCACCCCCGGUUUCUGAAACGCCGCACUGCCCCACGCUCCCGCACAAUGGGGGACGCCCUCAGCGGCGCCUCUGCACCGGGCCUGAAACCCACCCAGGCCCGCCAGCAGAGCCCCUCCGGCGACGAGCCCGGCUCCCCGGCACCGCCGUCCGAGCGGUCGCGGCCCCGGCAGGCCAGCCUCGCCGGCCGAGGCCCGCCGCUGCGUGCAGGCUCGACGGCGGAAGCCGCGGCACCGAGGCUCGCGGGCCCCCACGGCGCGUCGAGCGACGCGGGAGGCACGACGACGCGGGUUGAGGGAGCCCCGGCCCGUCCUCCCCGCGCGGGGCGCCUCACGUACCUCCGGCGCCGGCUCCUCCGCCGGCUCCCAGGGCGGCCGCCAUGGUGCUCGCGGGCCCGGCCUUCGGGGUCGCCCCGCCAAGCCAGGCGGUGGGCCGCCGGCCGGCCGGGGCCCGGGGACGUGCGGCGGGGGGCGGGGGGGCGGCGGGCCGGGACCGGGGAGGGGGCGAGACGGCCGGCGGUCUCGGCCACUCCGGCCCGGCUCCUCCGCAGGAAGAAAACAACAGACUAUCGCAACAUGGCCGCCGGCCCGCCCGCCGCCGCGGUGCACGCCGGGAUGAUGGCGACCAGCAGGGCGGGCGCGGGCCGCCUCCGCGGCGCGGCGGCUCCGGGACGCCUGCAGGAACGCAGGGCGAGCGCGGAGGGCGAGCAGGCGGGCGGCCGCCGCGCUCGGCCCCUGCAGCCGCAGAGUUUGCAGCGGCGGCGAGGUCGGUUGCCGGCCGUAGUCCCGUCCCGGGUUCUGUCGUACGACACUUUGCAGCAGUUGGCGCGGCGCUUUCCGGCCGGCGGCCCGCGGGCCGGUGGGCGGGGCUGGCCGCGCCGCCAAGCUCGGGCCGGGCAGGGGCGGGACUUGCUCGGAGAGGCUGGCUGGAGCUGACCCAGAGCAGGCGAGCAGUGGGAGCCCGGGUCCGGAGGCCGGCUGCGGGUGCUUCCCGGACGCGCUAGGCGCCCGGGCCCGAGGUCCGCGGGAGAUUGCGCUCCUGGAGCAGCGAAAACGGCCGGAAAACGAGGAGGAUGGCUCUGGCAGCAAGAGAGCGGAUGGGCAGCGUGGAGAGGACAAGACUCUAAAUUUUUUCAUCACUAGCUGGAAAAACUUGAGCCUGGACGCCUAAUACGAGAAGAUUUUGAUACAGUACUGUGAGUAAAGGCUUAACAAACCCCCUUUCUUCUCUACAGACAGAUUUCACUUUGGGUUGCCUUUUUAACUUGUCCUAGAAACCUGAUGAAGUUACAACGUCAACUGUGUUAUAAAACAUCCUUGCUUGUGUCAGAAGUGCUCUCUGACUGGUACGCUGCUUCUGGCUGGACAAAACGGAAUCAUCUUUAAAUACCUGUCAGGAAGCCAGAACUUGAGGAUCUCCCUUAACUGAGUUUGGGGAUGUAAAAGGUAAAUCCAGGUAACUAUUAUGAGAUGUACAAGUUCCCACGGUCUAGGAUUCUAAGCCAGGGCAGUCCCGACGCCUUCAUCUUGCACCUGAGUUGCAUUUGGGGAACCACAGAGCAGCUCUGUGAGGAGCUCACGUGUGCUUACGUGGACUGCAAAGGGGAGCGUCUCAGAAUGCCCUGCUCCCAACGUGUGUUUUUUCUUUAACUUUUUA